CGUUUUUUCUGCAGCUCGAAUUAUGACGAAAAGCCUUCAGAAUCAGAACAAAUUGAGUGCGUAAAAAAUAAAGAGGUAGAUGACAUCGGUUCGUUUUUUUCUGCCAAGUAUCACGUGAAGAAUGAAGAUGAAUCUCAAAGGUGUAUGGAAAGACACACAAGUACCAGCCUCGUACGUACAUGAUACAACAACCCGAUUAUAGUGCCAUCUGUAAAAUAAAUCACAUUCAUAAUUUGUCCUCCACUACAUAACAGUCCCUCCUGCGGAUAAUUCUACUCCAGAAUUCCCCCACUAGAUUACUUAGGUGUAGUAGUACUCCUGCUCAGCUGGAUUGCUGAAUUACAGCAACCGUCGUGACUUGUACAAAAACAAGUUUACUUUUUCCAAGUGACAAAACCAUAGCACAAGCUAGAGCAUAAAGUUGCAGUAGCACUUUUAGAAGCUUCGAUCGAAAAGAAAAAAAACUCGAAAAAAUGCCGCCACGUCUGCAACGUGCGAACUCGCAGUCUAUUGACGCGCAGCAGGUUAUGCAGCGUCUGUCGACCGUCGAGGACGAUGUUUUGAACUCCCGUGAUCACGCCGGUGGCGAAGGCGCAGUCGGCCAAGCCACGCAGCAGGGGUAAGACUUAUAUCAGUACUGGAUUUUCUAAUUCUAAACCUUGAUACAAGAUGAUGUGCAUAGAGAUGAAGCAUCUUUUUUCCACUAUGGCGUCGUGUGUUUGUCGUCGCUGAUUCAACAUCUUGUUCGCCUUCUGUGUUUAUUGUAUCGCUGUCGCAUCAAAAUCAAAAACACCUUGAUAAUGAACAACAUAACACGACAACUUGUAGGUGCGACCCGACGGGGUGCUUUGAGGGCAUCUUCGGUGGCGCCUCGGACGUCGCGGACGACGGCGAGGUCGAUGUGGUCCUGGUCGGUGGCGGGAUCAUGUCCGCCACCGUCGGUGUGCUGCUGCAGCAGCUGGAGCCCAUAUCCUAGGUAAAAACGUUCCCACCUCAGAGUAAAGAUGGGGAUUUUGCAAGACAAACCUACAAGUUUUGGGCGUCACGCAUGACAAAUUUCAGUUCGUACUGUAGUGCAGAUCAGCGUGGGCAGACGCAUUACAAAUCCAUCUGCUUAUCCUGUUUACAGCAUUACAAAUUUCAAAACACGACUGGAAAUCAUGCCUAUCAUGGGUAUGCGCAACACAAUUGUUCCUGUCAUGCGAAAUCAGCAUGACAACCCUGAGGCGGGGCCGUUUUUACGCAGGAUAGCCCACCUGGAAGAUCCGCAUGUACGAGCGGCUGUCGCAGUGCGGCGAGGAAGCUUCCAAUGGGUGGAACAACGCGUAUGGAGUUCUCAAAUGUUACAUUUUCAAUUGUUACAUGAUUUGUCAUGCAAAAUUCCAACCGAAAUCGACACGAUCAAGCUGCUCCGCAUGACAAAUCCUCGAAAGGCCAAACAAGCUGAGAAACUGUUGCAAAUCUGUCAUGCAAGACGCGGAAGGUCACCCCGUCCACGUUUUCCAUUCUUGCAUCACAAAUUCAUGGAGCUAUGCCGUUCCGGAGCCUGUGGAGGCUUGCCUCCUCAGCUAUGCUGGACAAUGGCAAUGUCGGUGCGGUUGUUUUAGCAUCACAAAUUCAUGGAAAAGUUGAGAAUGUAACACUUGAGAGCGCCAUAACGCGGGCACCGGGCACGCCGCGCUGUGCGAGCUGAACUACACCCCGGAGGUGAAGGGCGAAAUCAACAUCGAGAAGGCGGUGGCUAUCAACGAAAAGUUCCAGGUGUCCCGCCAGUGGUGGGCCUGGCUGGUCACGCAGGGCGUGCUGUCGAGCGACACCGCGACCUUUAUCAACAACACCCCGCACAUGACUUUUGUGCACGGGGAGAAGAACGUCGACUUUCUGCGCCGCCGGUUCGCGUUGCUGAAAAAGGAGCCCUAUCAACCGCAAAAAUGUCUGGGUCUGGAAGAUUGGAACACUUGUCAUGCACAUUUUGCAUGAACGAUCAUGCCUGUAAUGCAUAACCUAGCAUCAGAGAUUUUGCGAGGGCUUCCUGAUGCCUAUACCCCAUGAGGAAUACCCCCUCCGCGUAGCAUAAACUGGACUCCUCUUGCUCCUUACGCAAUGCAGAUUUUUUUGGAAUCCAAAGACAGCAUGACAAGUUUCAUCCUCCCAGACCCAGACGUUUUUGCAGUUGAUAAGUUCCUGUUCUCGGACAUGGUCUAUUCCGAGGACUCCCGGCAGAUCAAACAGUAUUAUCCAAGCAAAAAACGUUGUUAGUGUAAAUUUGUGAUGCGCAACCUGCAAGAUGAUUGCGUCUGUCAUGCUUGGCAUGCGUCGUAGGGUCCAAUAAAGGGCGUUUUCACGUACUAUCUGCGCAUGACAGGUUUUUGCUGUCAUGCCAGACAAAUUUGUAAUGCUGUUCCUCCAAAAAAGUUACACCUACAAUGUUUUUUUCUUGGAUAAGUAUAGAUAAAUAGCUAGUUGGUCGUGUCGGAUUCGUAUGCAUUCGGUUUGCUGGAUUUGCGUAUUUGCUAGUGAUGCAGCUACAAAUGCAAGUUUUUGUCAUGCGUGUGUUCUUUACAUCCAUGGGACGCGGCUUCUUCGUGUGCUGUCAUGCAAAAAGAAGGCAACUAUUAAAACUAAAACUCCAGGUGGGCCCCGCUCCUGUACUCCGGCCGCCAGGGCAACGAGCCGAUUGCGUGCACCUACUUCCAGAAGGGCACGGACGUCGACUACGGUGCGCUGACCAAGCAGCUGGUCACCGGAUUUGUGCGCAACGGCGGACAGGUCCGCAUGAAUCACGAUAUCAAGGCCCUCGAGCAGAUGCCGGACAAGUCCUGGAAGGUCACCGUCUACAAGCGCGACUUGAGCGCCGGGAGGCUCAGCGCCGUCAAGGCGAAGGUAUAGUACUCUAGAUGGACAGCUGUCAUAGUGUUUUUCUUUUUCAGCGAGGGGGUUGAGGGUAUAGGAUUUAGAGUGCACCACAAGCUUCCUACUAAGUAAUAUUGCUGGUUGAACAUGAAAAACAAAUCCUUCACACCAGUUCAUCUUCGUCGGUGCUGGGGGUGCAUCGCUGCAGAUCUUGCAGAAGUCGGGGAUCCCGGAGAUCCGCGGUUUCGGCGGCUUUCCCAUCAGCGGCGAGUUCUUGGUUAUGCAAAGAAAAAACUGUUUCACUGUGAACUUGUGAUGCAGAAAAUGGAACACAAAACCAUUUGUCUUGCUACACCUGCAAGGCAGUGGAUUUUCAAGCUUCUUUUCCCUUGGGAAGCGCGCAUGGCAGAUUUUCAGUGUCAUGCGUAACAAACUUGUGAUGCGGAUCUUGCAAAAUCAUCACAGUGAAACAGUUUUUUCGUACGAUAUUGGUGUGCCAGAACCCAAAUAUCGUGAAGCAGCACCCGGCCAAGAUCUACGGCAAGGCCGCCGUCGGCGCGCCACCCAUGUCCGUGCCGCACUUGGACGCCCGAAUCAUCGACGGCAAGCCCAUGGUGCUCUUCGGACCCUAUGCCGGCUUUUCGCCACGGUAUGUUUACUACAUUUUUGUUCUACUUGGCUAUGGAUGCGUGCUGCUGUGUGUGUGUUGCAUGACUUUUGUCCUUAUUUCUCAUAGACCACAGCUCCAUCGUGUUAAUAAAGAGUUACUUCCAUCAAUUUGCAGGUACCUGAAGACCGGUUCUUUGACCGAUAUGUUUUCCACCCUGCGUCCGCACAACAUCCUCCCCAUGGCCGCCGCGGGCCUGCAGAACUUGGACUUGACGCUGUACCUGAUCAAGGAACUCAUGGCCUCCAAGGAGAAGAAGCUCCAGGCUCUGAAGGAGUUCAUUCCGGACGCGCGGGCGGAGGACUGGACCAUUGUCACCGCGGGGCAGCGUGUGCAGGUCAUGAAGGCCGACGCAAAAAAGAUAGGUACUUACUACUAUUUGAGGUGUGAUGUAUCUUGUCAUGCAUGAAAACAAAGCGUACAAACAAGUAGUCGUAGUACACGAAGAUGAUUUCUUGUAUAGCUCCUCUACAACGGUGGUGAAACUUCUGCGAAAAUAACUGUACAGGUAUUCUGCAGUUUGGCACCGAGGUGGUGGCCUCCGCCGACGGAACCAUUGCGGGCUUACUCGGCGCUUCUCCCGGUGCGUCGGUGUCAACCCAAGUGGGCGUCGACGUUUUGUUGGGCUGCUUCCCGGACCGGGUGGCCGCCUGGACCCCGAAGUUUAAGCAGAUGAUUCCGUCCUUCGGCACCGAGCUCAGCUCGAACCCGGCCAUGGCAGAAAAGAUCAUGGAGGCCAAUGCCCGGAUCUUGAAAAUCUAAUUUAUUUCUACUGCGGUUUACUACUAGAGGAUAAUAAAGUAGUAGUCAUAGGGAAUGUUAUGAAUAGGAAGCACAUGAUUUGUUUCUUGUCAAAACAAGAAUCUUCGGUUUCUCUUUCUGUAGUUUCAUCAACAAAACGAUAACGUAAAAGCAACAAGCAGUAGUGUCAGAAUCUUCUCGAAAAAUCUAUGCAGAUAUAGUAUACCUGCGCACGACCACGACGAAAAAAUAUAUGUACGAUCGACUCUAACUAAUUUUUGCGGUUUGUGACGAGUGGUCACUCACAAUCAACUAAGUUUCAAGCUAAGCGGCAACGGUUGCAGCCCCUGCACAGAUGAGACCUGAUUUAGGACAGCAAAAAACCUGGCUCACAACCGAAAUUCUGUAGGCUACUGAAUCGUUUUUACUACAGGAUGAAAUGAAAUGGACAGGAGCAUUCUACAUAUUCUAUUCAAUCACACAUGUUUUUGCAAUAUCUAUUCUCUUCUUAUCCGUAUGCUGGUUCUAUUGAACAAUAAUCUAUCAAGCCCCUGUAACUCUAUAUGAAACCAGACGACACAUCAAUCUGCAGCAGAGUUGACCGCACUUUCUUGCCGCGCAAUUAUUUGCGCGGCAGGAAUUUUGACGAAAUCUCUGCUGCAAAAGCCCCCAAGUACCCUCUUCCUAUGCCCAAACCUAACGAGGGUUGUCGCGGUCUGCACAGUAGACCGUAGGUUCGUCAUCUUUUUAUUUCGUCGUUUGCUUCAUCACACACUUUUUUUACCAUUUUUAAUAUUCUGUGCGCCGUUACUAGUACAGCGACGAGCAAGGUCUUUAAUAGUUUCCCCAAGUUUAUUUGCUCUAGGGAGGUUAAUACGGGAGUGGCAAAGACUUCAUAGUUUCUCCUCGAGGUUACGCUCUAGGAGGAUGCGAUAUCACACGGGAAAAAAAAGAUACUCUCUGCAGUAGACGUCUAAGGUGCUUCUAGAGGUCAAGCAGAUUGUUUGUUGGCAGAAGAUGAAAAAACAACUUGUUUCAAGCUCUUUUUCUCGGG